GUUGUUGUCUCUUUGGGAUUAGUGAUGGCUUCUCUUCAAGGUUUGGAAGCCCCGGUGCGGCCUUCCGAUAGCGGCGGAGGCGGUAGCUGCUCAGUGCACUGGUUCCGACGGGGCCUGAGGCUCCACGAUAACCCUGCGCUGCAGGCGGCCGUCCGGGAGGGCGGCUCCGUGCGCUGCAUCUACAUCCUGGAUCCCUGGUUCGCGGCCUCCUCAGCUGUGGGCAUCAACCGCUGGCGGUUCUUGCUCCAGUCCCUGGAAGACUUGGACAACAGUUUAAGAAAACUCAACUCCCGCUUAUUUGUUGUACGAGGCCAGCCCACUGAUGUAUUCCCAAGACUCUUUAAAGAAUGGGGGGUGACUCGUCUUACCUUUGAUUAUGACUCAGAACCAUUUGGGAAAGAAAGAGAUGCUGCUAUAGUGAAGUUGGCUAAAGAAGCUUGUGUGGAAGUACUGAUAGAGAAUUCGCACACCCUUUAUGACUUGGACAGGAUAAUCGAAUUGAAUGGACACAAACCUCCUCUUACAUAUAAGCGUUUCCAGACCAUCAUUAGCCGCAUGGAACUACCUAAGAAGCCUGUUGCUGCCAUAACAAGUUGUCAGAUGGAAAAAUGCAAACCAGAGAUCCAAGAAAAUCAUGAUGAGACAUAUGGGGUUCCAUCCCUGGAGGAGCUGGGUUUCCCCACUGAUGGUCUUGCCCCUGCUGUUUGGCAAGGAGGAGAGACUGAAGCCUUAACUCGUCUGGAUAAGCAUCUAGAAAGAAAGGCAUGGGUUGCAAAUUAUGAAAGGCCAAGGAUGAAUGCCCACUCAUUGCUGGCAAGCCCCACAGGACUCAGUCCCUAUCUUCGUUUUGGCUGCUUAUCCUGCCGCUUAUUCUAUUAUCGUCUCCGGGAACUAUACAAAAAGGUGAAGCGAAAUAGUACUCCACCACUAUCACUAUAUGGUCAGUUGCUAUGGAGAGAAUUUUUCUAUACAGCUGCAACAAAUAAUCCCAAAUUUGACCAUAUGGAAGGAAACCCAAUCUGCAUCCAGAUCCCGUGGGACAGGAAUCCUGAAGCCUUGGCAAAAUGGGCAGAAGGCAAGACAGGAUUUCCCUGGAUUGAUGCAAUCAUGACACAAUUGAGACAAGAAGGUUGGAUUCAUCAUCUGGCUCGGCAUGCUGUAGCUUGCUUUCUGACCAGAGGUGAUCUGUGGAUCAGCUGGGAGUCUGGAGUGAAGGUGUUUGAUGAGCUGCUGCUGGACGCAGAUUUCAGUGUGAAUUCAGGCAGCUGGAUGUGGCUUUCGUGUAGUGCUUUCUUCCAGCAGUUCUUCCACUGCUAUUGCCCUGUUGGCUUUGGACGUCGUACAGAUCCUAGUGGUGACUUUGUCAGACGAUAUCUGCCAAAGCUGAAAGGCUUUCCCUCACGCUAUAUUUAUGAGCCUUGGAAUGCCCCUGAAUCAGUGCAGAAGGCAGCUAAAUGUAUCAUUGGUAUAGACUACCCCAAACCUAUGGUGAAUCAUGCAGAAACCAGUCGACUGAACAUUGAGCGCAUGAAACAGAUUUACCAGCAACUAUCACGCUACAGAGGACUCUGUUUAUUGGCCUCUGUCCCUUCCUGCAUGGAAGACUUCAACAGCCCAGCCACAGACCCUUCUGUGGGACAGGGAAGCAGUACUACUACAAUGCCAAGACAGUCCCACUUGGGUCAUACUUCUCCAAAACGGAAACAUGAGGCUGCAGGUGAACACAGUGAAGAACUGUACAAACGAGCCAGGUUAACAGUUCUACAGACCUCAAAGAAUCCACACCAAGAACUUGAGAAUCCUGAGAUGGGAGAUUGACAAGGCAAAAACCGUGUGCUGGAGUGGCCUCUGCAGUCGCAUAGUGGUGUUACUGCUAGAAGGACCAGAACGUUGGCCAACUUCAUCUGUUGAGUGUUUCUGUGAAUGUGUAACCCAGAUGGCUGCCAUACAAGGAUUCUGCAGUUCUAGUGCAGGAUGCAGUGAGCAAGGUUCAACAGUAAACAAAAGCCCAGGGAACAAGUAUCUGGAUUUCCUGAGAUGUGUUUGCAGUCUGCUAAAACAGGACAUUGGAGUGAAACGUGUCCAUUCCAAAGUAUAUUCCAUUUACCUCAUGUACUGAUCCAGUUGUUGCUCCAUUUAGAGCAUUAUUUACUAAGUGUUCUCUCUCUGCUGUUAAUUAGCAGGUAAUGAGAUGAACCAUGCAAAAUGUAUCAUGGUGCUCACCAUGGUUCCAAAAGCUGCCGCACCUGUCAAAACACUCCAAAUAGAGAGCCUCUUGAAAUUCAGACAGGAGAAACAUCAUGCGCUGGAUGAGAACUUCAACAAAAUGUGUGGACUACCAUAAGGGUAGCCUAAGUGAUUCUAAAGUGACUGACUGCAUAGUAAUGACCAGUUUUUCCCAAAUGAUAGUACAGUUGUUGGGGGGUCAAAAUGGAAAUAAUUAUUUUGUUCUACCAGAGAGUACACUAUGGCUUUUUAACCACAUGACUCUGAGAAAAGGCAUUCUUGCCACUUGAUUAUUUUCCAAAUGUCUGAAAAUGUAUUCAUAAUGUCUGGUGAAGUUUCUGAAACCUGAGAAGUUGUUGAGUAAGAUUUCCUGUGAUCAAAAAGUGUGGCUUCAGUACCAUAUGCAGUUCCUUCCUCCUCCCCGGACUAGCAGAAGCAAAUAAAUCACACAGAAUAAGAGUGUGCAUAAAUAUAACUUAAUUUGCAAACUUUUCUUUAUAAUAAUAAUAAUAUUUUAUUUAUAUCCCGCCCUCCCCGCCGGAGCAGGCUCAGGGCAGCUAACAACAUUUCAUACAAUAAAUUAAACAAUGGAUAUUAAAACAACGUUAAUCUUAAAAACAUUCUAAUUAUAAGUUAAAAUGAACAUUUCUGGUGCUAUUCUAUCUGCGAAUAUGAUGGUACGUCAUUUUAAGCAAAUCCUUCGAUCAUUCAGUCGGCAAAGGCCAUCUUAAAAAGGAUGGUCUUGCAGGCCCUGCGGAACUGUUCAAGGCUCCACAGGGCCCGCACUUCUUCCGGGAGCUGGUUCCAAAGGUAUGGCACUGCAAUAGAGAAGGCCCGUGUGCGAGUGUUUUGAAGUCUUGCCUCCUUUGGCCCGGGAAUAGUCAGCUGGUUCUUCCCCGCUGACCUCAGUGCUCUCUGGGGUUCAUAUGGGGAGAGACGGUCCCUUAGGUAGACAGGUCCUCAGCCAUAUCGGGCUUUAAAGGUAAUAACCAGCACUUUGUAAUGAACCCGAUAUAUAACUGGCAGCCAGUGCAGUCCAUGCAGGCCCGGCCGUAUGUGCUCCCACUUCGGGAGCCCUAAUAACAACCUAGCCGCUGCAUUCUGCACCAGCUGCAGCUUCUGGGUUCGGCACAGAGGCAGCCCCAUGUAGAGGGCAUUACAGUAAUCCAAUCUUGAGGUGACCGUUGCAUGAAUCACUGUUGCUAGGUCCCAGCACUCUAGAAAGGGGGCCAACUGCCGUGCCCGCUUCAGAUGAAAAAACGCCGACUUGGCAGUGGCUGCUAUCUGGGCCUCCAUUGAUAAUGAACUCCAGUAGAACCCCCAAGCUCUUGACUCGGUGCGCCGCUUUCAGCAGUACACUGUCAAAAACCGGGAGAGGAAUUUCCCUCCCCAGAGCGCUGCGACCCACGCAAAGGACCUCUGUCUUUGUCGGGUUCAACUUCAGCCCACUCAGCCUAAGCCAAGUUGCCACGGCCUGCAAAGCCAGGUCCAGGUUCCCUGGGACGCAGCCAGGCUGGCCGUCCAUUAGCAGAUAGAGCUGAGUGUCAUCUGCAUAUUGGUGACACCCAAGCCCAUGCCUCCGGGCAAUCUGGGCAAGGGGGCGCAUAUAGAUGUUGAAUAACAUCGGGGAGAGGACUGCUCCCUGCGGCACCCCACAAUCUAGUGUGUGCCUUUGGGAUAGCUCACUCCCGAUUGCCACCCUUUGUCCCCGUCCCUUGAGGAAGGAGGAAAGCCAUUGUAAGGCCAACCCCCUAACCCCUACGUUGGCGAGGCGAUGGUUCAGUAGCUGAUGGUCGACCGUAUCGAACGCAGCCGACAGAUCUAAUAACAUCAGCCACGCCACCUCGAUCCAGAUUGUUCCAGAAUUUGAAUUAUUAGGCAAAGUAAUUAUCGUUAAAGAAAAAUAUUUCUCAUUCUCCAGUUCUGCUAGCUUAACUACUAUGUAUACUAGUAUAUUUUCUUCCUACAAGUGUACUCCUCAAAAACAAAGAACUGUUUCCUGUUAUGGAAAGACUCAUCUGCUUAUAGCAGCUGGGCAUUUCCCCCCUUUACUACAGGAAGUUCCUAACAUGGAUUGAAUUGAAUCCAUUGUAAUGAUUUGUAUGGCGGUGGGGGGGGGGAGUGUCAGAUUAAGCAAAGUUGACAGAUCUUCCCCAUGUAGAGACAUUUUCCAGUACUUUGCUUGUGGUAUUCUAUUACUAUUUUCACAACUAUGAGUUGCAGUGAAUUUGCAUCUUUAAAUAUUCCCAUUCUAACCAGACAGUUCCAUAGUUCCUUCAGAUUAUUGGUUAUGUUUCCAUCAUUUGAUUCUCCUGUGGCCAUGAAAGGAUUGCUGGACAUCUUGCUGAAUCUCACCAAUGGGAAAUGCCAUGUUUUUAAAGAUCUUGGGAAGAAUGUUUCAUGUAACUGGCAUCAUGCAGCUAUUCAGAAUAGUAACCUUUGCUCUGUAAAGUACUUCGGCUGUGUUAGCAAAUUCCAAGAAGCUCAUCACAUUUCUUGGCAAUAUAUGAAGCUGGAAAAUGGCCUGCUCUGAUGUGGCGGGAACACUGACUCUUAUCUGGGCUUUGGAUCACAGAACACUGGUAAGGGGGGAAACGGACUUAGUGACAGUGACACCUGAAACUAUGCAGUCAUGGGGGAAGUCAUACAAUUCCAUAAGAUGCACCACUGUAAUUGUGUGGUAUAUGUGAUACAGCUAAUAAACUCUUCUCUGAAACGGAAAA